AUGGAUAAUCAUAACUAUAAUAUAGUUCCAUUGCCUUUUCAUUUAAUAUCAGAUGAUAGAUUAAAUAAAAUAUCACACCCAUUUUUUAAAAGAGAUUUAAUAAGGUCACAAAACCAAUUUCAGCAACUACCAAUACCUCAAUACCAAUCAAACCCUCCUCAAUCCAAUAGACACUACUAUGACCAGCAAUAUCAUUAUAACAACUAUCAUCAUCAACAGCAACAAGCACAGCCACAACCACAAUAUGACAAUAACAUAUACCCACAACAAUAUUAUAACGAUGUGUAUUAUAAUGAAGAUGAAUAUUAUAACCAAGAUGAAUACUAUAAUCAAGAUGAAGAAACCAAUGAAAAUCAAUAUUAUGAUGAAGAAAAUCCCGAAAAUAAUAUCCAAUAUACUUUAUCAGAUGAAGCAAUCGAAAUGUUUGCUAAAACUGAAAUGAAAAGAAGAGAAGAUAAAAAUAACAAAACUAUUAACAAAAACAAUAAUGACACUUCAUCGUCUUCGUCAUCAAAACUAAUAUUAGAUAAUAUUAUAAACCCAGCAGAGCAAUCGCCAAUCCAAAGAAACUAA